AUGCCAAGUUUACGAACUUUAUUUCAAUUGAUUUUAGUUCAAUUAGAAUCUAAAUUGAUUAAACCGAUAAAAUGUAUAGAAAGACAAGUCUCUAUAAAUUUACAAGAAGCCGAUAUACAAACAAGACCUGCAAAUAGUAAUGGACUAUGGUGCCACAUUUUACUGCCAGCAAUAUUACUGGUUUAUACUUGUUUUGAUAAGGUCUCACUUUUGUACAAAAUAACAUCCCUAAUAUCUGUGGGCUUGCUGUGUUACUGUAUACUGUUUAUUUUAUUCCUGUCUGCUUCCAAUAUCGUCCUGAAGGCACCAGUUUACACAGGAUGUUUAGCAUCAAGCUUAAUUGCUACUGUUAUGUUACACAUAUUUCUAAACCAAGGUUUACUGUUUUCAGUAUCAGUAACUUUAACAUCAACAUUACUCUUUGCAUGGAUGCUACGACUGUGUAUCUCUGAGUGCCACAAUACAUUCACUUUGGGAGAAGCUAUGAUAGUGUCUCAGGGUCUGGUACUGUUCACUGCCAUGUCUGUGAUGAAAUUUCUCUUUGAAAUGUACAGUGACGAUGAAGAAAUGGAAUUCAUUAGUGUUAUUGUCUUUACAAUAUUAUCGACAUUGGGAUUGAUUGUUACAGCACUGUAUUUCCUGAAAGAUACACAAAGGAAUUUGAAGAGUCUUUGUUAUAUCGUUGGGUCAGCUGCUGUGUUUGUUUUACUCAUUUUACACUCAAUACUCGGCUCUGAUUGUUUGGUUGUAAUAUUACAUUAUAUAUUUGUCCAGGGAAAUCGGCUAAAAAUUUUAACGUUUUGGUUACUAUUACUGGUGCUAGCAGUGUGUGCGCUAUUUUUCCGUACAAAACUAGCUGUUAAAGCAAAUACUGUCACAAGAAAAACAUUUCAUGUUUUGGCAUCUCUUGUGUUCCUUUCUGGAAUUAUAUUUGAUAUUUAUUUAAUGAUGUUAGCUGCUGGCAUUGGUCUGGGAGUUCUGAUAUUUGUUGAGGCUUUAAGAAAAUCAGGCAUUGAACCUAUAUCAUCUGCAUUACAGUCUGCCUUCCUAGUUUAUUGUGAUGAAAAGGAUUGUGGGAUGUUUGCAAUGACACCGGUAUAUUUGUACGUAGGAUUAGCAUUCCCACUGCUGUUAGUUCCUAACCAUGGAGAUAGAGAGCUAGAACUAUUGAGUGGAGUGUUGUCUAUAGGCAUUGGUGACACUGCGGCUAGCUGGUUUGGUUCCCGAUUUGGUUUCAAUAAAUGGCCAGAUAGUAAUAGAACAUUAGAGGGUACAAUAUUUAACAUGCUGUCUCAAAUAGGAACUGUAUAUGCUCUGCAAUUAUUUGGUGUUCUAAACGCACGACAUGCUUUGCUCCGCUGUGCGCUAUGCGCAUGCGCAACAGGACUAUUGGAGGCGCGCACUGCGCAGGUCGAUAACCUCGUGCUACCUCUGGCGUCUCUCGCGACAUUGCAAGUCACUCGUCUACUCUACUGAAUUACUGAACAACUGGUGUCCUGCGUGUGAGACCCGUCGCGUAGGGGAGUUGAUACUAAUUAAAAAGAAACUUUUUCCGACGACUAAAAUGUUUUGGUUUACUUGAUGAUUUUUCUUUUCGUCUACUUUAAAUACAGAGUAAUCUGAUGAAAUUUUUGAAAAUUAAGCAUUGUGAUACAAAUUUUUAGAAAGAUGUUAAGGUUGCAGGGUGUUUAUUAGUUGUUUUAUACUUUAAAAAUCGCGCGUUCAAACUCCACUGCUUGUGAUAUUUCUAGGUAUUUUCGACCCCCCCCCCACCUUCUAACCUCACGUGAUUAAUGGACGAUCCUUGAGUGUGUAUAUUUGGCACAUAGUUAUGAUGCGUUAUUUGUGAAUUAUGUGCUUUAAUCGUUUAAUGAUUUAAAAGAAAUUAUUUCAUCAGAUCUGUAUUUCUUUCAUAUUUGUUACAUUAUAUUCAUGUAAAUUAUAUAAAUAGAAAUGUAUAAGCGUAUAGAUUUUAUUAUUUAUAUGUAUUUAUCAUUCCAUGACACCAAAGAAUUUCAUGAAUGGGAUUAUAGUGAGAUUUAUAUGUGCAUCUUAUUUAAUACAUUUUUAAUAUAAACAAA